GCAUUGAGAGCAUUGAGCUUCGGUCAACAAAAAGUUCGGUGAAGGUGAAAGGGAUUGGCGGCAGCAGAAAAGCACCUUGGUGUCACUCUUCCUCCACCACCACCACCACCCUUCCCCCCUCAACUGAACUCCGCCACGAUGGUCCAAGUCAAGCACAAAUGCGCCCUCAUCUGCAUCGACGGCUGGGGCAUCCCCUCCGACCACUCCGCGCCCGACGGCAAUGCCAUCCUCAACGCCGAAACGCCAUGGAUGGACGAGUUCGCCAAACCGGACAGCAAGAUCACUUCCGGCUACACCGAGCUUGAGGCCUCCUCCCUCGCCGUUGGUCUGCCGGAGGGGUUGAUGGGCAAUAGUGAAGUCGGACACUUGAAUAUUGGCGCUGGACGGGUGGUAUGGCAGGAUGUGGUACGCAUCGAUCAAACGAUCAAGAAAGGGGAGUUUAACAAGGUGGAGAACAUCGUUAAGAGCUUCAAGCAUGCGAAGGAGGGGAAUGGACGGUUACACUUGCUCGGAUUGGUCAGUGACGGGGGCGUGCACAGUCAUAUCAAGCAUCUCAAGGAGCUGUUAAAGGUGGCCAAGGAGAUGGGUGUGCCGCACGUGUAUAUCCACUUCUUCGGUGACGGACGAGACACCGACCCCAAGAGCGGGUUGGGGCACAUGAAGGAUCUCCUCGCCUUCUGCAAAGAACAAGGCAUCGGUGAAGUCGCGACGGUGGUGGGACGGUACUACAUCAUGGACCGCGACAAGCGCUGGGACCGCGUCGAGAUCGGCAUGAAAGGCGUCGUGACAGGCGAAGGCGAAGACUCCUCCGACCCCGUCAAAACGAUAGAAGAACGCUAUACCAAAGACGAGACGGACGAGUUCCUCAAACCCAUCAUCGUCGGCGGCUCCGAACGCAGAGUAAAAGACAACGACACCCUCUUCUUCUUCAACUACCGCUCCGACCGCGUGCGCGAAAUCACCCAACUCCUCGGCGACCAAGACCGCUCCCCGAAACCCGACUUCCCCUACCCUGCCAACCUCAACGUAACCACCAUGACCCGCUACAAGACCGACUACACCUUCCCCAUCGCCUUCGCCCCGCAGGUCAUGGACAACGUCCUCGCCGACUGGCUCGCCAAGCAAUCCCUCAAACAGUCCCACAUCGCCGAGACGGAAAAGUACGCCCACGUCACCUUCUUCUUCAAUGGAGGGCGGGAGAUCCAAUUCGACGGCGAAGACCGCGACAUGAUUCCCUCCCCCAAAGUAGCGACGUACGACCUCCAGCCCAAAAUGUCCGCCAUGGCCGUCGCGGAACGCAUGUGCGAGCGCAUCAAGGAGGGGAAAUACGAAUUCGUCAUGAACAACUUCGCCCCGCCCGACAUGGUCGGCCACACGGGUGUCUACAAAGCCGCCGUCGAGGGCUGCGCGGAGACGGACGCCGCGAUCGGGAAGGUCUACGAAUGCUGUAAGGAGCAGGGAUACGUCCUCUUCAUUACCUCGGAUCACGGUAACGCGGAGGAAAUGUUGACGGAGGAGAAGACGCCCAAGACGAGUCACACGACUAAUCUCGUUCCUUUUGUCAUGGCGAAUGCGCCGCAGGGGUGGAGUUUGAAGAAGCAGGAUGGCGUUUUGGGGGAUGUGGCGCCGACGGUACUUGAAGUUAUGGGCGUGGAGCAGCCGAAGGAGAUGACCGGGUCGAGUUUGUUGGUUACAUCAUGAAUGUAGAUGCUUCACUUGGCUGGGAGAAAUGAGGAUGCUGAUGCUGCUGUCGGGUGAGCACGGGCGUAUGUUACCGGGAAGUAGAUUCUUGGGCGAGAAGAGGCAGAACGGUGAUGAACUUGCACAUAGGACGGUGCGGAUACUCCUACAGUAUAGAUGGGCUGCGCAGAGGUAUGCUGAAACACGCAAUGAACCAUCCCUUAUACGAGCAACGCAAUGACUACUCCUCAUCGGCAUUUUGGAUG